AUGUACACAAAGCCAGGCUACACCAAUUCCCUCGGUUCAGCAUUAGCAAUUGGCAAGGGCCAAAGUGUGGUUGUUCAAGCACCGCCGCAUUUGAAAUUAAGCGAUUCUAGUUUCACAUUUGAAGUUUGGAUUUAUGCAACCAAUCUUUCGAUGACUACAGACAAUGCCAUCGUUGGUCAAUGUCAAACAAAUAGCCAGGCCAGCAAAUGUUUUCAUUUGGUGAUCAGGAAAGGUCGUGCCUAUUUCGGCUUUAUGAAUGACGAUUUAAUCGGGGCCACACUUCUCUCGUUGAAUCAAUGGUAUCAUCUGGCGUUUAUUUUUCAUCGAACAACUCGAGAACAAAUUAUUUAUGUCAACGGUAUGCCGGACGGGUUUCGAACAGCGCAACGUGUCUACCAAGGUCAAGGUGGAAACAUUACCAUUGGUCUGUCGAAAAUUCGCAGUGCGGAUGUCGAUUAUUUCAAUGGCUAUUUGGACGAACUGUCGUAUGUAUCGAGAGCGAAAACAGACGCGGAAAUAUUGACAGAUGCAACACUGGUUGUCUGGUAUGAAUUUGAAGAUAAUCAUAGAGAUUCAGGUCCGUUGCAUAUUGAUGGUACAAUGUCACCAUUUUCAUUUUCAACCGGCGUGGUCGGUCAAGCUGUGCUGUGCACGCCUAGCACGUCGUAUUUCCAGGCGACUGGAUUUACUAUGCUUGGAAAAUCCGAUUAUCCAUUUUCAAUUACAAUGUGGAUUAAACCGACGACGUCUGCACCAGAAUCGACUCUUGUUUACAUAACAAAUCAACAUGACUACAGCGGUGUUGUUCCUACUUAUUGCGCUCCAUUUAUCGGUCUGAGUCCAACGGGGCAAAUCGUUGUUCAGGGUUCAUGGUCAGAUCCAAUUGUAGCUCUCACCGGCCCCUAUAUCCCUGAGGGUGAAUGGACCCAUGUUGCUGAAACAUACAGUUCAACUAACGGUAUUCGCUUGUAUUUAAACGGAACCUUUAUUGACACAACCGGGCCCUUUUCAUAUGUAGGAGCUGGGGUACCUGUGACAUUGACACUGAGUAAUCCUCAGCAGGAUUGUAUAAUAUCAGGAUCAUUUUCUCCGUUUAUUCACGGACCCUAUCAUGGCAUGAUCGACGAAUUUCGUCUCUAUUCUCGAGAGUUGACAUCGCGUGACAUCCACUUUUUGGCGAACCCGUUGUCGAAUCCAUUUAUCACAGAAAUCGAAUGGCAAUUCGAUCAGAACACACAAGAUUAUUACAAUAUUUACAAUGGCUUUCCUGUUUUCAACAACAAUGACAAUAGCUCUCAGCUCUCGUAUGUUUCGCCAGGCUACACCGGUUACGGUUCUGCUUUAAAUUUGACACAAGAACAAGCUGUCAUUAUACCGACACCGCCAUAUUUGAAUUUAAGCUAUUCGAGUUUCACAUUCGAAGUUUGGUUGUAUCCAAUUCAACUGUCACUAGAACGGGGUCAGGACAAUGCAAUUCUCGGGCAGUGCCAACAGCAAGCACAGGACAAAUGUUUACAUUUAGUUAUCCGACAGGGUCGACCGUAUUUGGGCUUUUUAAAUGAUGAUCUAACGGGCACAACUCUGUUGUCGCUGAAUCGUUGGUAUCAUUUGGCAUUUGUAUUCGACCACGAGACGAGACAACAGAUUAUCUAUGUGAAUGGAGUAAACGAUGGCUAUAGAACAGCCAGUCGCGCUUACCAGGGUGUGAGUGGAAACUUGACCAUUGGAGUUUCGUAA